AACUAUUUAAAGAAACGCACUCAUGGCCUGUUAACUGUAAAACAUUGUCUCGAUUGGAACUGUUCUCUAGUUUGAUUUUUGAGUUUAGUUCUAGAUCAAAUGUGACAAUGAUAUACUUAAAGGUACCAAUUGCCGAAUCAUACAUGUAAUUAACCAGGAAGAAGCACUCGCCAUUUAACACCAUAAAAGCAUCUUCUGCAUCUUGAUCCACAUGAAUGUCAAAGGUAGCACUUUUUAAAAUUGACAAACGGUGCUCUUGGGUAAGGUGUUCACGCAUUUCUUUAAAUUUACCAUUCCACUGACAUUUAAAUUUGUUAUGCAAUGGACAAGGAACAGGAUUAUAGUUACACUUGUUGAUGUGCUCUUCUUUGUUGAAUUUAUAUGUUACAGUACAACCGUCACCGCUAUUCUUGCAUGGAAAAUGCACAUUCGCCAAUAUCUUUUCUAAAGUAGCGUUUCGAUAGGGUUUAAGGCAGUUCCCUUGCGAGCAGCUGUUGCAUAUAUCUCUGCCGUCUUCAAGAAGAUAAAUUGGAGCAGUUGAUAGGACACAUGCACAUAACCGACUUCAAUAUAGCUACGUUUGUUAAGGAUGGACAAUUAGCUUCAUCCAUGUCGGGCACCAAACCAUACAUAGCACCAGAGGUUUUCGACUGCGCUGUGGAUUUGUGUGUUGGAUACUCCUACGCGGUAGAUUGGUGGUCAUUAGGUGUUGUUGCAUACGAAAUGCUCCGAGGACGACGACCAUUUGACAUACACUCAAACACGUCUAUUCAAGAAGUGAGGGCACUAUUUCAAAACGGAGUAAAUUACCCUUCUUCUUGGAAAGACGAAAUGAUCGACCUUCUCUCAAAACUGCUGUGCGUCAGACCUGGGGAGCGUGUUUCAACAAUUCAAGAAUUAAAACAGAUAAAGUGCCUAGACCAAUAUGACAUGGAAUUAGUUUUCCAAAGAAAAUAUCAGCCUUUCUUUGCCCCACCAAGAGAUCACUUAAAUUGUGAUCCCACGUUUGAACUUGAAGAAAUGAUUAUAGAAACGAAACCGCUGCAUAAAAAGAAAAAGCGAUUAGCUAAGCAAAGGUCGAUAAGGGAAACGCACCAGGCGGAAGUGGAGGCAGACUGUCCCAUAGAGCUGCACCAAACGAUCAUACCCGAGUUCAAAAUCUACAACAGAUACCAGGAGCUGGCUAGGCGCGAAAAAGAACGCAAGGAAUUAGCAUGGGAAAAGGAACUUCAGCUAGCAAUGGAAGCUUCCGAUCCACUAUCACCCGUAACCAAAGACAACUAUACUUGUAGUAGCUGUCCAAAGUCACGCAGUGUAGACGACAGCUGUUCCUCAAUUCUAAAAAGUGUCAAAAUUUACCAUAAAACACCUUGCAUAUUAGAAACCAAGGAAUUUUUAGAUGAUACUAUAAUUGAAGAAUCUAGUCAAUUAGUAAACCAAACCAGUGAUAAUCAAAGCGCUACAAGUUUUCAGAAGGAAAAAGUUUGUGAUAUUCAGAAUAAAUUACAAAAUUUUGAAUUUAUAGAUAGAUCCCCAUCACCUGUAGAUCGUAAAGAUACUUGAUAAUUUUCUACUUUUCUCAUGUAGGUAAUAAGUAUAGUAUAAUGUUAAAGGACCAUUUUAUCACUUAAUAAAUAUUUUUCCUAGUGUCA